AACAAGUUUGAGUGCGAGAAGAAUUUCAAGAGAUCUACUCCAAUUUCUUUUGGAUCUGGUGGAGAUCAUCAACCAUACGCAGUUACGCCAUGGAUGGCUCAUGGAGAAAGUGCGGGUCUUUGACCAUACUAGGCAUCGUUUUCCUUGGGUGCCUCACUGCAUUUUCCAUUGCAAAAGAGGAAGCUACCAAGUUAGGAACAGUUAUCGGGAUAGACCUUGGAACAACCUACUCAUGUGUAGGUGUUUACAAGAAUGGUCAUGUUGAAAUCAUAGCGAAUGACCAAGGAAACCGCAUUACCCCAUCUUGGGUAGCAUUUACUGAUGGUGAGCGAUUGAUUGGUGAGGCUGCAAAGAAUCAGGCAGCUGUGAAUGCUGAGAGAACCGUCUUUGAUGUCAAAAGACUUAUUGGAAGAAAGUUUGAAGACAAGGAAGUGCAGAAGGACAUGAAACUUGUGCCAUACAAGAUAGUGAACAAGGAUGGCAAGCCUUAUAUCCAAGUCCAGAUGAAGGAUGGGGAGACCAAAGUCUUUAGUCCAGAGGAGAUUAGUGCUAUGAUUCUUAUUAAGAUGAAAGAGACAGCUGAAGCAUUCCUUGGGAAGAAAAUCAAGGAUGCUGUUGUUACAGUUCCUGCCUACUUUAAUGAUGCCCAGAGGCAGGCUACCAAGGAUGCUGGAGUUAUUGCAGGAUUGCAUGUUGCAAGGAUUAUCAAUGAACCAACAGCAGCAGCCAUUGCCUAUGGUUUGGACAAGAAGGGUGGGGAAAAGAACAUCCUUGUAUUUGACCUUGGUGGUGGUACAUUUGAUGUCAGUAUCUUGACAAUUGAUAAUGGUGUCUUUGAGGUUCUUGCCACAAAUGGGGACACUCAUCUUGGAGGUGAGGAUUUUGACCAGAGAAUCAUGGAGUACUUCAUCAAACUGAUCAAGAAGAAGCAUGGGAAAGACAUCAGCAAGGACAAUAGGGCUCUUGGGAAGCUGAGGAGGGAGGCUGAGCGUGCCAAGAGAGCCUUGAGUAGCCAGCACCAGGUCCGUGUGGAGAUUGAAUCUCUUUAUGACGGCUUGGAUUUCUCUGAACCAUUGACCCGUGCUCGAUUUGAGGAAUUGAACAGUGAUCUGUUCCGAAAAACAAUGGGUCCGGUGAAGAAGGCAAUGGAAGAUGCUGGGUUGCAAAAGAACCAGAUUGAUGAGAUUGUUCUUGUUGGUGGAAGCACCAGGAUUCCCAAGGUCCAACAACUUCUCAAGGAUUACUUUGACGGAAAGGAACCUAACAAGGGUGUCAACCCAGAUGAGGCCGUUGCUUAUGGUGCUGCAGUACAAGGAAGCAUCUUGAGUGGUGAGGGUGGUGAAGAAACAAAAGAUAUUCUUCUUUUGGAUGUGGCUCCCCUUACUCUUGGUAUUGAAACCGUUGGAGGAGUGAUGACCAAGCUGAUUCCAAGGAACACUGUUAUCCCAACCAAGAAAUCUCAGGUUUUCACCACUUACCAGGACCAGCAGACAACUGUCUCCAUUCAGGUGUUUGAAGGUGAAAGGAGUCUGACAAAGGACUGCAGGGAGCUAGGAAAAUUCGAUCUCUCUGGCAUUGCCCCUGCUCCAAGGGGAACCCCGCAGAUUGAAGUCACAUUUGAGGUUGAUGCCAAUGGUAUCCUUAAUGUAAAGGCUGAAGAUAAGGGCACAGGCCGAGCUGAGAAGAUUACCAUCACCAAUGACAAGGGUCGUCUGAGUCAAGAAGAGAUUGACCGUAUGGUACGGGAGGCAGAGGAGUUCGCUGAGGAAGACAAGAAGGUGAAGGAGAAGAUUGAUGCCCGUAACAGCUUGGAGACUUACGUGUACAACAUGAAGAACCAGAUCAAUGACAAGGACAAGCUUGCCGACAAAUUAGAGUCAGAGGAGAAGGAAAAGGUUGAGGCUGCUGUCAAGGAGGCCCUUGAAUGGCUUGAUGACAACCAAAGCGCUGAGAAAGAGGACUAUGAAGAGAAGCUCAAAGAAGUAGAGGCUGUGUGCAACCCGAUCAUUUCCGCUGUCUAUCAGAGAUCUGGUGGAGCCGCUGGUGGUGCAUCUGGUGAUGAGGAUGAUGACGAAUCACAUGACGAACUGUAAGAAGAGCUUAUUUUAUUUUAUUUUUUGACUGCUCUAGAGAAUAUCACGGUGGAGGAUUCUUCUUGUAAUUGGAGUGGUGGAACUUAAGGAGGGAUUAACAUAGGAGGAAUCAGAAGACUGAGGAGAGGAAAACUAUUUUCCUUAUGCUCAGGUUUCCUCCUGUUCUCUUAUAAAUUUUUGUUAAAGGAGAACAUAGGUCAGAGGAGACUAUUUUUCUUUGUAUCUUGC